UUAUCUACUCGUUUCCUUACAAGCUCUCUCAAUGGGUGACUGAAGCUGGCUAUCUUAUCCAUAGGUCUAUUUGCUUCUCUAUAACAGACAAGUCAUGGUCUUCCAUGGGGAUUUUCCAUUCUCUGUAGACACGUUAGUCAAGAGGAGACAGUCUGUUUGUUCUGUUUCUCUUUUUUUUUUAAAAAAAAAACAAAAAAAAAAAAACCUUCAAAGCAGCACUCGAGAUCUCGUGCUCACAGAAUGAAGGAGGCCAAGAGGAAAGGCCGUCACUCUGGACAUGGUAAGCGCAAAGGUACCAGGGAGGUUAGACUGCUUAGCAAGGUGCUUCGGAUGAGGAGAUUGAGAGUCCUCAGGCGUUUGCAUCGCAAGUAUAGGGAAUCAAAGAAGAUUGACAAACACAUGUAUCAUGACAUGUACAUGAAGGUGAAGGGUAAUGUUUUCAAGAACAAGCGUGUGCUGAUGGAAAACAAUUUGAGGCUAGGAGGGCAAAGAACAAGGCAAGCAGGGAGAGAGUUUGCAAGGAGGGAAGAACGUUUGGCUCAGGGACCAGGAGGAGAAAAGCCAGUACAACCUGCAGCACCAGCCCAGGGAUCUAACAAGUCAAAGCAAUGAGCAUGAUGAACUGUAAGGAGGGUUGAAGCACUAUGUCUACUUUUUGUCCUUGUUAGUAUGGCAGUUUAGUAUGUUUGAUACCUUCCCUUUUUGGCCUAAUGUUACUUGUAUGAAUUUGAAAGCUGGUA